AAAGUCGUGGGCAGAUGGCGCAAUGCACGCCCGGCAUCACGAACUCACCCACCACAAUCACUGCGAACGUCAUUUCCACAACUGAUAAGUUCGAAUCUGAGUCGUGCCAUCGAAUCAAAUUGAGAAAAUCAUUGAUGACCAAAUGUUCAGACGCGCUGCUCUCCCGAACUUGAGCCUUACGCAAUUUGUUGCUUACAGUGCCAUGCAUAUCCGGCAUCGCCUCUAUACGCCGCCCAGAAAGCUGUCGGCUAGUAUCUGCUGGUGAGUUACCGAAAUGCUACCCCUGCGUGGGCACUGUUCAGUAGAGUCGAUGAUGGAAAAAUCUGAGGGAUUGCGACAUGUGCGUGGAGCACAAUCGGAACGAUAAUGAGAGUAUACAAAGAGGCAGCUUUGGCACUGUAACAAUAUCGUAAUCCCUGCAUUCGUCGUGUUUCCUUUUCAAAAUGGCAACGAAACAAGCAACGGAGGUUCAGACAACGCCAUUAACUGAGCCAUCGUCUCUGAGCGACGCUUCACCUCCACCAACCCAUGGCGUGAAGCCGUGGAACAAACCAGGCUUCGUCGGUAGCACGCGUCGGGCUCUACGAACCGUUCAACGCUAUGUCUGGGACGACCCUGACAAGCCUGCCGAGGAGAAGUGGUUCCUGCUGAAGCUCGACAUUUUCCUACUGUCCUCGUCGUGUCUGGGCUACUUCAGCAAGAAUCUCGACCAGUCGAACAUUGGCAACGCAUAUGUAUCCGGAAUGAAAGAGGCGUUGGGCAUGCAUGGUAGCGAGCUCACGUACGCUGGCAACGUAUUCACCGCAGGCUAUGUCAUCGGUCAGAUGCCUGCUGUGAUGCUAGCAUCGCGUGUCCGCCCGUCUAUCCUGAUCCCAAGUCUUGAAAUCAUGUGGUCCGUAUUAACGCUUUGCUUGUCGUCCGUCACGAACGUGUCCCAGCUGUACGCUAUUCGGUUCCUCAUUGGUCUCUGCGAGAGCGGCUAUUUUCCUGUCAUGAUCUAUCUGGUCAGCAGUUGGUACACCAAGGAAGAAAGAGGCAAGCGUGUAGCUCUGUUCUACAGCACCGCUUCGUUUGCACAUAUGUUCAGUGGCUAUCUACAAGCCGGUGCGUACAACGGCCUGGACGGCGUGCACGGAAAGGCAGGCUGGCAGUGGUUGUUCAUUGUUUGCGGUGUCAUUUCUCUGCCUAUUGCCUUCGUCGGCUACUUCUUCAUUCCCGACUUUCCCGAGACGACUCGCGCCUUCUACAUCACCAAGGAGGAAGCUGAACGCCAAUGUAAGCGACUGGUCGCAGAGGGCCAGAAGCCACUCGGUCACAAUCCAUGGACAGUGAAGAAGUUACUUGUUGUCGUAAAACAAUGGCAGUUCUGGGUAUUGCCACUCGGAUACUUCUUCGUCCAGGGCAGUUUUCCAAACCAGCAACCGGUAAUGGCGUUAUGGCUCAAGGCUGAGGGCCAUACAGUAUACCAACGAAACGUCUGGCCAACUGGACAAACUGCAGUCGGUGUCGUUGUGCAGAUCCUGGCCGGCAUGCUCGGAGACUCGCUGCUGAAAGGACGUCGAUGGCCUGUCAUUAUCGCCAUGCAGGCUGGCACUUUGUUCAGCUCAAUUGUUCUGGCUGCCUGGACUGUGCCCGAAACCCUCAAAUAUGUCGCGUACUAUUUCCUGAACUUCAGCGCUGGAGUUCCAGGGCCGUAUUUCGCGUGGUACUCUGAUCUCAUUCCGCACGAUCACGAGAUGCGCGGUUUCGUCAUCGCAGUAUCGAAUAUGUUCAGCUACAUCAUGUCCAUUUGGUACACAAUCGCCGUCUGGCGGACCGCGGACGGACCACGCUUCAAGCCGGGUUUCAUCGCUGCUUCCGUCUUGGGCGUGUGCAUGAUGGUCUUGUGUCUGGUGUUACGUCUGUUGCAGCGAAGAGAUGAGACGAAGAGAGCUCAGGAAGACCGUGUUGUGCAGGAUAUCGAGACGCCGGCGGAAUCGAAAGCUAGCUCGGAGGUCGAUGUGGAAGCUGCUGGCGAACGGGAGAAGGGGAUUGAAAGUGUGAGCAAGUGAGGUUUCGUGGAGAUGGUCGCUUGGGAUCUGAGGGAUAUGAGCAUAUGUUGAUAGGUAAGAGCAAGAUGUAAUGACGUCUUGAGGUUAUUCCUGCACCUUGACUCUCAGGCUGAACUGCCCUAUUGGGGGUGCGUUGCUCCUCAUCAAUUACAUAGGUGAUACAAGACGCCUAGCGAAUUCACUUGUUCC